UCGGCAGUCCAGGUCCACUAAACAUUCGCCUCAAUGACUCUAGGAGACGAAGAGAGCAAUGAGCCGCAGAGCUGGAAUUAAGAAGCGAGCUGUCCACUGCAACCUGAGCCAGAACGGCAUUGACCAUCAGGCGUGCUCGGAGGACGUCUCGUCUCAGCUGGAGGAGGAGCCAGUGGAGCAGGAGAGCCUGGGAUUGGACGAGGACCCAGCCUCAAGCCCCGCCUUCCCCCCCGAGCGCAGCCCCGGGUUCCAGCGGAGAUCCCCUCCCCAGCGCUCCGUCUCAGAGUCCGAGCUCUCAAAGCCAGGAAAUGUGAAGCUGUCCAAGCCGGUGGCCCUGUGGACGCAGGUAGACGUCUGCAAGUGGCUGAAGAAGCACUGUCCCAACCAGCACCAGAUCUACAGCGACUCCUUCAAGCAACACGACAUCACCGGCCGGGCCUUGAUGCGCUUGACGGACAGGAAGCUAGAGCGGAUGGGCAUCAUGCAGGAGGGCCAGAGGCAGCACAUCCUGCAGCAGGUGCUACAGCUGAGGGUCCGCGAGGAGGUCCGCACCCUGCAGCUGCUCACACAAGUCUCAUUGGAGAGUUCUCUGGAGUGUUCCCCAUAAGCUGCAGCUGGUCAUCGUCGUCCGGGUGCCUGGUCGUCAGGACAAAUCCUCCCUCCCUUCCUCCCUCCCCCGCUUCCAGACGACCACCGCUGGACCAGACACUGGACCUGACCUGACCUCUCUCCUCAUCCUCAUCCUCCUACUCAUCCCAAACACACACAGUCACACACACACACAC